ACAUACGUUUUGACAACAGACAUUCAACAUCAAUAAUUCAUAACCUCAUUUAAAAGUAGCCGAAACGCGUGGAGCUCAGAUCAACUUUGUUCUUGCCGAGCUAUUCUGUCGAAUCGAAUUGAUAAAUUUCUUUAAAUGGCACCGGCAUUGAAAGCGAAACGUGUGAAAAAACCUGCGAAACGGAGUUUGACUGCUGUCGCAAAUGAAAAACCGAAAUGGGAGAAACCCAGAAAGUCCAUAUCAGCUCAGGCUGAGAUCACGAAAAUUAAGAAUGUUAACAAGCGCUCGUUUGAUCCAAUCAAAGCGAACCGUGGCGUCGUCUUGCUGCAAAACAUUCCACAUGGGUUCUAUGAAGACGAAAUGCGAAAGUAUUUCGGUCAGUUCGGUCUCGUCACACGAGUACGUCUAGCACGUUCCGAACGAACUGGCCGUUCGAAGGGCUUCGCUUAUAUCGAAUUCAGAGUGCCUGAAGUGGCUCAGAUCGCUGCAGAGACCAUGAACAACUACAUUAUGUUUAAACAUAGACUAACAGCGACGUAUAUUCCGCCGGACAAGCAGACAUACAAUUUUUUCCGCAAGGACGUUACAUUUACAACCAACGCGAAUGGCGAAACAACUUUUUCGUCGGCGAAAAUUGUGAGCAUUGAGAACGCGGUUGCAAACUUCAAUCGGGAACUGACGGAUGAACAGCAUGCAAAGAGAUUGAAGCGCGACCAGAAGACUUUACAGAAACAACAAAAGAAAUUCGGCGUUGACCUAUCGAACAUUUUGGUCAGUGGCAACAACAGCUCAAAUGACGAAGCACCUGUAGCUGAAGCGAAACCAAAAGAAAGCAAGAAAAAGGCAACCGUAGCAAAAAAGGGCGCUGAGAAAAAGCCGGAAGCGAAACGGGAUGACAACAAAAUUGCGACGAAGAAAGACAAAAAGAAAACGGCCAGUCAAGCCAAUGGUGGCAAAUCACUUAUGCAUGAACUGCUAAAUGAAACUUUCGAAACAGACACAUCCGACGAUGAUUUUAAGAUCGAUCACACGUUUGAAUCGGUCGAUGAUUCGGACGGAUUAGUUGGCUUAAUGGCAAAGAAACUGUCAAGAUCGGCCGAUGAUGAAGCAUCUGACAGUGAAUUUGAUACAGAUGAUGACGUUGAUACAGACGAUGAGAGUGGUUUCGAAAUAAAUGAUGAAUCGGCAGAUGAUGAAGAGUCAGAUGAAGAUGAUGGAGAUUCAGAAGAUGAUGGAGAUUCAGAAGAUGAUGGAGAAUCGGACGAUGAUGGAGGAUGGGUAGAUGAUGAUGAUAACGAUGCAGACUCAGAUGAUGGUGGAAAUUAUUUGGAAUUCGAGUCAGAAAUGGACGAUGAUGAUUCGGAAGACAGCGAGCCCAAAAUUGUACUUCAACCAUCGAAAGAUAAAAAGAAAUUGGGGAAAGGAGCAACCUCCAACGGAGCCGUUGUAAUGAAAGCGAAGAAUAAUUUGAAACGUAAACAUAAAGAGGAUUCAUCAUCAAUUUUCAGUGAGCUAACGACUUCAAGUUCACAGUCGGAAUUGGACACAGGAGCAAAGAAAAAGAAGCAGAAUCAGAAUAAGAAAAAGGUCGGUCCUUCAAUUGUUAAGGCCAGCAUUCCCGUGGCAGAGCCAUCAACAGUAGCCGCAAUGAGUAAGAAGAAACAGAAACUCGGAAAGAUUCCAUCGACUAGCUCAUCCGAACCGGAAUCACUCCCGCCACAAACGAAACACAAGAAUGCCAAAUUGUCUGCACAGGUGCCAAUUACAUCAAAAUUGUCAUCGGAACCUGAUAACCGAAAACAGAAACUGAAUAAGAAAAAGGCAAAACAAGGUUCGAGUGGGGAAAGUACGUUGAGCUCAUCAAUUGCUGAUACAACGUCGUCCGAACCAGAAGUCCCGAAGCAGAAACUGAACAAGAAGAAGUCUAAACUAAACGCACUAAAUGUGGCUGCACAAGUCAAGAACGAAAUACCGGAAGGAGUUAAUUUAAAAUCGAAAACCGAAAAGAAGAAAAGCCAACCGGUUAAAGAUGUAAAAACCAAUUUUAACCAGAAGUCAGCUUCGUCAACAUCAACUGAGUUGAAUAAGAAAAAUCAACCAGCUAAAGACGAGCAAACUAAAUUCAACCCGAAGUCAGUAGCGCCCAGACUAGCCGAGCCUGAAGUGAAGAAGUCGAAAAAGAAAAACCAAUCGGUCUUGAACAAGCAAGCUAGUUUAAAUCCGACAACAUCUGCCCCUGCAACAGUCGAGUCUGUAGCACAAAAAUCGAAAAACAAAAACCAACCAGCUAAAGAGAAGCAAACUAGUUUUAAUCCGAAGACAGCAGCGUCCACAUCACCAACGAAACCAGAAUCGCAGAAGUUAAAAAACAAACAAAAAAUUGUUGCCAAUGGUGAGUCUACUGUAUCAAAACCAGAGCCCAAGAAAAUUGAUAAGAAGAAGAAAAAAUCCAUCAAGGCAACAACUAACGCGAAUUCAAACAAAUCGUCCGAAAAAUCGAAAACAUCCUCAGAAUGGUUAACCGUUUCCGAGACGGAUGGCGAGGAUACAAAGAAACCGAAAGCGAAAGUCAUCAAUGCCAAUCUGAAAACAAUUGUCCACAAAAAUAAUUCCAAGAAGAAUAACGACAAGGCCCAGCCGCUUGAUGCGAAGAAAAUAAAGCAAACUCCCAAUGAACUUUUACGGUUCAUAACAUCUAAGGAUUUGAAACAAAAAUCGAAGAAAAAAUCGAAAUAAUUUUUUUUUGUCUCAGCCUAGCGCAGCCCCACAAAAU